GUCAGCCACGACUAUCAUUGCCUGUCUUUUCUUUUCCCUCUCGGACUCUGUAGACUGCUUACUACCUUAAACUCCCCCCCAAACUGGGUCUCCGCCCCGCCAAUCGGCUGACUUGCGCCUCACCACGCACGCACUCUCUCUCUCUCCCUACCCUCACGCCCUUCCUCACCCAUUCCCUUCUCACUCCCCUCCCUUUCCCCCCCCCCUAUACUCCUCCCGGUCUAGUCCGAUCCUACCUAUCUAUCGAUCAACCCUCUGCCAAUCUGCACCUCCAAUAGUCGUGGCGGUUUAUUUUUCCUCUCUGCAUCCGAUCUGCUAGGCAGAGGACUGUCGGACUGCUUGCUGUCGGACCCGCGUCGUCCGUUUCACCAUGCGGCACCACCCAGCCGGGUCCGAAAUGUUCCUCAGCUCUCCUCUUCCCCUGCCUUUGCUGUAUUCCUCAUGGGUUACACACCGGGGCCUGAUCACCGCACUGACCGGAGAGUAAUUCAUUCUAGUCCAUGAGCACAUUUCUAGGCGACAUGCGGAGUGACAAGACCAAGAAAACUACCUAAGAAAUCACUAGACGUGCGCAAGAGCCAACCGCGCAGCCUGAAGCAGUCACCAGCAAACUGGGGCUGGACUCGAGACUAUCGCCUCCAGUAUUAAAUUUUCUAUCCCCCCCAGGUUGCCAAGAUACUUGGCUCUGCAGCAUGCAGCAACAGAGACGCACUUAAUGUCGGCGAUGAGAGUCCGCACUGCAGCUGCUGCCCUGGUCCGUCUGGGCCAUCUGGGUCUUGUCUCUCCAUCGGCUUCUCCGUCGGCUGGUCAGCCAUGCACUAUUGCCUAUCUCAUCAUCACUGACCAUCAUCACCCCCUCUCUCACCUCAUCCGCGAUAAGUCCCGGAAGCCAAUGCACUCCGGUUUCUCCGCCAUUCAGCAGGCGUGCUAGAACCCGCCCUGCCGCCGGCAGCAACAGCUAACAGUGACUCCGUGGAUGGGAUGCCGUUUAACUUCCGGCGCAUCAGCCGAGCCCUGGCAGUCUAUCGGUGCAGAUCUGCUCCCUCGGCCAAGCGCCAAUCACGUCCGAUUCAUCCCAUUCCUCGUCCAGCUGGCGUACUCCGGAGGUUGAUUGCUCGCUCGCUCUCAGUUGGCCACCAAACUUACUCGUCCCCCUCCUUCACCCUCCCUCCUCUGCCAAUGCUACAGAGUACUUGGCUAGGCUACUAUCUUCUCAGCUGGGUGAAGAACAACGGGCCCCGUGCGUGAUGAGCAAAAGCGUCUGACAUGCAGCAACUGCAGUAUACUGGAGCCCGCGGCUACCGAGGAACUCGUGCUCGUGUGCCACCACAUCGAAGUGAGUUGAUGCGUCUUGUCCAUGCAGUGUCGGCGUGGCCUAAAGUACGGGCCAAACCUGUCUGACUUCAUCCCACACUCUUACCCCCUCCCUCAUUCUCCCCUGGUUUAGCCCAAUAAGGAAAUCACUUAGUCAAUCAAUCCUGCCAUUACCGGCGCGUAAUCUGAAACUACGCGCGGACUGUCUCUUACUCCCCUCGCGGUGGGCGGCCCAGCCAGCCCCAUCCUUACUAGGUUUAGCUAAUUACUGGUCAUUAGCCCUGUACGGGGGAGGGGCGGGAAAACAAAAAUGCGAAUAAUAGAAUAAAUUUAAUAAAGAAAAAGAGGGGGGGGAGCUUAUCUAGGCCCCUGCUGCAUUGCAUUCGGACAUUUUUCGACUUGUCACAGGCACAAAUCAUAGUCCGCCGAUGGCGUCGAUUGACCAUUUUCUUUUCUUUUCUCGGCGCUGGGAUGGUGGCCAAGAAAAUUGAAUGGCAAUGGUUCGUUCACCGGAGUAGGGUGUACGUGCAUUGUGUGGAUUGACGAUGAUUCUCGGCCAAGGGCUUGCGUUGCAAUCCCACCAGGAGGGGAAUGUUGCAGACAGUCAGAAAGCAAAAGAAGUAUUGGAGGGAAAAAAACAAUUCUUGAAAAAUGAU